UUUUUUUUAAUAAUUGUAGGUUUUUGUUGUAAACUGGAUAAAAUACUUUCAGAUAGGCUAUCAAUAUAUCGAGCUGCAGUGGAUCUUAGCAGCACGAAGUUGCCCUUUUGAAAAACGACCAGCCCUUUUUAUCGUAAGCACCAAAAACCCCGGAUUCUGGAGUCAUUCUCAAAUAAGUUACUCAUCAAAAUCAUCUAUACUUUCCACGGCCCUGCAAAUUCAUACUUUUGGUUUCUUGUCUAGGCGGUGUUUCAAGCAUUAAGUUAGAAUACAUUUAUUUGCCAAAUAUGGGCUUCUUUAUUCCGAUCAGUGAUUAGAACAAUCACUUUUGAAAAGUAAUUCAUUACAAUUACAAAUUACUUUUAAAAAUUAAUGUAUUACUUUAGACAAGAUGCGAAUUAUUAGUCCCAAAACCCCACAGGAGUUCAACAUAACACAUUUUCUAAAAACUGCGAAAUAAAAAUAUCUCAACCUUAAACGAAAUGUAUCUCUGUUUUCCACCAAGUAUAAAGAAAACCACAAAAAAACAAAUUUUGCACAAUACAAACGUUAUCAAAAUUUAUCAAAUGUUAAAAACACACUGGAACAACAAAAAUUAACCACAAUCAAAUAUUGCUACCACCAUGUAUAAGUAGCGUAUAAAUAUCAACAAAAUAUUUGUAGUUUCGCGGAAAUUCCACAUCAAUUUUGCCGCUCUUGCCAAAGAAGAAACCAACUUAUACGUUUUCUGCUAUUUAAACUGAAUUCCAAGGGUCUUUCAUGUAGUAUCAAAAGAACUUCGUCAUGGCCGACUGCACAUGGCUCGUUUGCCACCCCCUCGGCGAACACAUAACCCCCUGUAUCUUGGUAAAGCAAAACACGCAGUGGUACCCAGAAAACCGUAACUCCAUCGUCAUAGUGAACCCUGCAUCUUCGCUUGUUCUCGACGCUAGCCAGUACAAAACGCAACUCCAAGAAUACACACGGAGUCCGCUUCAGCUAUGGCGCUUUGAGCGUACUGAGACGGACACCUUCUUGAUAAAGAAUGUUGGUAAUCAGAGAUAUUUGCAAGUAGAGGGCGAGGGCACAAAUGGUAGUGCAAUACUUACUGACGUAAAAAAUGGGGGACCGAGUCAGCAGUGGCAGUACCAUCACACUGACCAGACGAUAACAAAUUCAGCCAGUGGUAGAGCGUUAGAUGUACUAGCGUUUAAUUUUACUGCAGGGGCUGGGAUAAUAAUUUAUGAUAAACAUGCUGGAACUAAUCAGAGGUUUUCUCUGCAAUAUAAAUAGGCUGAUUAAAGACAAAGCACAAAUUCCAACUACGAUAUAUGGAAACAGUUGUAUUUUUACAGUUUACAAAAAUUUUAUCCAAUAAGUAUAGCGUUGUAUUUGGUUUUAUUUAAAUGUCAAGAUUCAAACAAAUAAAUAGUUAUUGUAUAAUUUUGAAA